AUGACCCCCAACCCCACCUCCCCCAUCCAAGUCCUCACCACCCUUCUCCGCCAACACUACGUCUUCCCCGACCAACUCGCCUUCCACAUCCAAUCCCGCCUCGAGUCCGGUGCCUACGACUCCCUCCUCACCGACGAACCCGCCCUCGCGAACCUCCUGUCCCAGGAUCUUCUGCAUGUGAAUAACGAUGGGCAUCUGGGGGUGACGUACUCGCCGGCGGUUUUAGGGGAGGAUCUGCCUGUGUGUCCGGCGGAGGAGGAGUUGCCGGUUGAUGAGGAGGAUGGGGUGAAUUUGCAGCAGUUGGGGGGUGGGGGGUUGAUCAAUUUUGGGCUGAGGAGGGUUGAGUGUUUGAAGGGUGGGGUUGGGUUACUUGUUUUUCAAGGCUUCUUCCCCCUCGCCCUCUCAGGCCCAGUCAUCACCUCCGCCUUCACGAUCCUGGCCUCAACACACUCCUUGAUCAUCGACCUCCGCACGUGUUUCGGCGUCGACGGCAGCACCGCCGAUUUCGUCCUUUCCUACCUCGUCCCGCGCGCCAUCCACACCAACUCUGUCCACUGGCGGCCAUCCAACACCACCGAGCAGCUUCGCACCCUCCCGUACGUCCCCGGGCCGCGGUACCAAAACGCAAGGUGUAUACCCUCACCUCCGCACGCACUUUUUCGUGUGCUGACAAGUUCGCCGGCGAGUAUCAGUAUCGGAUGCACGACGAAUAAGGUGUUGGGACGCGGGUGGGAGGGGUUGGGCGUGAAGCCGGAUAUGGAGUGUGCGCCGGAGGUUGCGUUGGAUGUUGCGCAUCGGUUGGCGUUGAGGGAGAGUAAGGGGGAGGGAGAGGAGGGGUUGGGACAGCUUGGACGGAUGGUCAAGGAGGAGCGUAGGGCGGAGUUGGAGAGGCUUGAGGGGAGUUUGGGACAGUUGGGGUUGUAG